CGAAAGCUUAGCUGCCAGGGCUGCAGACGUGAUAUUUUUAAAACUUAAUCGCUGCCCGCUUCAUCGUGACUUGCCCACAAGAAAACAUUUAGUCGGUAAAUACUGCCAGCACUUCAUUUCCAUUUCGGUUCGGUUUCAGUUUUAUGUCAGUUCCCUAAUUGCGUCUAGCGGCCAAAGAGCUUUGCAUUUCUGAUACGAUUGUGAUUGGAAGUCGCACGCCGCACACUUCUAACAGACAAACACACACAAACACACAGAAACACACAACAAGCACACACGUUUUUAUUAGGUAUAUUAUAUACAGACAUAUCGCGUAUGAACGGUUUAUUAAUAAGUUUAUGCAAGUUUUUGGGAUCACAACAAACGCCGUUAGAUAAUCGCCACGCCCACUUGCGCCCAUCAAGGUGAAACGAUUAAAAAGUGCAGCGAAAAAUCGAUUUUUUGCUCUUGAACUACCUACAUACGUAUAUAAAUACAUAUAUGUACAAUAUAUAUAAACACCGUGGCCGAGAAAUUCUAAUUGGGAGCAGCGAGGAAGUGACAGUGAAAGUGAUUUAAAUAAUGAGUCGAAUGCUAAUUAAGCCUGCUGCUGCCACAGUUUCUGCCGCGUUGCAGCAGCAUCAGCGCCAGCAGCAACAAUACGUUAUUCGCCGCUGGAAAUCGUUCCUGCACAACAGCAACAAUGCCAACCGACGUGCGGCGAAAUCAACAGCAACGUCGACGGCGCUGGCGGCAGCGACGUCGAAGCGCCACGAAUCAAGCGGCGAUUUCAUUCAACCGUUAGACGUCCGCCGUUCCUUUUCAACCAGCCACAAAAUGCCGUCGUCGUCGAAAGCGCUCACACUGGAAAACAUAAAUCCCAACUUUAUUGCCAUGGAAUAUGCGGUUCGCGGUCCUCUGGUGAUUCGUGCCGGGGAAAUCGAAAAGGAACUGGAAAAGGGUGUCCAGAAGCCAUUCGACCAGGUGAUUCGAGCCAACAUCGGAGAUUGCCAUGCGAUGGGUCAGCAGCCCUUGACCUUCCUGCGUCAGCUGAUGGCGCUGACCUUCGAGACACGACUGCUGGACUCGCCCGAGUAUCCCGAGGACGUUAAGAAGCGCGCCUGUGCCAUUUUGGAUGGCUGCCAGGGUCAGUCGGUGGGCUCGUACACCGACUCCGCCGGUCUGGAGGUGGUUCGUCGCCAGGUGGCCCAGUACAUCGAGAAGAGGGAUGGCGGCAUCGCCUCCGAUUGGCAGAACAUCUACCUCACCGCCGGCGCCUCUCCCGGCAUCAAGAGCAUUCUCUCCAUGAUCAAUUCCGAGGUGGGAUGCAAGCCACCAGGUGUCAUGGUGCCCAUUCCGCAGUACCCACUGUACUCGGCCACCAUAUCCGAAUACGGCAUGACCAAGGUGGACUACUACCUGGAGGAGGAGACCGGCUGGAGCCUUGGCAGAAAGGAGCUGCAACGGUCCUACGACGAGGCCAAGAAGGUCUGCAAUCCGCGUGCCCUGGUCGUGAUCAAUCCGGGCAAUCCCACCGGACAGGUGCUGACCCGCGAGAACAUCGAGGAGAUCAUCAAGUUCGCUCACGAUAACAAGGUGCUGGUUCUGGCCGAUGAGGUGUACCAGGACAAUGUCUACGACAAGGACUCCAAGUUCUGGUCGUUCAAGAAGGUGGCCUACGAAAUGGGCGAACCCUAUCGCAGCCUCGAAAUGGUCAGUUUCCUGUCCACCUCGAAGGGCUAUCUGGGCGAGUGCGGCAUUCGCGGCGGCUACAUGGAGGUCCUCAAUUUCGAUCCCAAGGUCAAGGCCAUGCUGACCAAGUCGAUAACGGCGGCGCUCUGCAGCACCACCGCUGGCCAGGUGGCCGUGAGUGCCCUGGUCAACCCACCGCAGCCCGGAGAGCCCUCCUACGAUCUGUACAAGAAGGAGCGCGAUGGCAUCCUGGCCGCUCUGAAGGAACGGGCCGAGCUCGUCCACAAGGCACUGAACAGCUUCGAGGGCUACAAGGUGAAUCCCGUGCAGGGCGCCAUGUACGUCUUCCCCCAGAUCGAGAUCCCGCCCAAGGCGAUCGCGGCCGCCAAGGCCAAGGGCAUGGCCCCCGAUGUCUUCUACGCAUUUGAGCUGCUCGAGACGAGCGGCAUUUGCAUUGUUCCUGGCAGUGGAUUUGGUCAGAAGCCCGGCACCUGGCACUUCCGCAGCACGAUCCUUCCGCAAACGGACAAACUGAAGCUGAUGAUGGAGAAAUUCCGCGUUUUCCACACCGAGUUCAUGAAGAAGUACAAGUAGAUUUGCUGCCCACUCCCCCGUCCUCGAUCCCUGUGUUAAUUGUCGAUCCUCCGGCUUAGGAUUAAAAUCUAAAUUACCUUAA